AAUCUUAUAAGUAUGGUACAAGAAUUUAUUAUCCUCAGGUGUUUUUCCUGCAUGACUUUUCAGGUCCAUCAAGUAAAGAAGAGUAAAAAAUGGGCAUGCAAAGUUUGUGGAGAGAAGCAGUCAGUCAAAAAAGUUUAUGCCCAAGGCAGUGGUCUGGACUGCCGUAAACAUGUCCAGAAAUUAAAUAUGAAGUGCGGAGAAGCACAAAAGGCAGAAAACUUGGCUUAUGGCAGUACUGAAAGUGCUGACUUCUGCAAAUGUUCAGAGAAAACCAAUAUUAUAGGCAGUGUUGACAACAGCCAAAUCACAAAUCAUGGGGAUAACACGGGAUUGAGCAAAUGGGAGAAGUUCUUAGAGCUCAAUUCUAGUGAUGAUAAUGGUUUAGAUUAUUUCAAUGGCUUCAAUGUGACAACAGAAAGGGAUGUAUUUGAUAAAGCUUCAUCAAGAGGAAAGAGAAAAUGGCAUUUUGGUAGAUCAAGCACCUAUCCUACGGGAAAAAGAUCUAAAAACAACAAUAAAAAGGAACAAGGCAGUAUUACUGAUACAGACUGGUUAAAUAUCAAUAAUGCUACUGAAAAAACUCAACAUCAUUCUCAGAAACAAUUUUACUCAGAUACAGGGAUGCAAAAGCCCUCACCUUAUACUCUUGGAUGUUACGAUGUAGCAUCUAAGGAAUGCCAUUAUAUAUAUCCAUCUCAUAGCGGCGGAGUGCUCCCUUAUAGAAAUUUAUGGUCAAAUACCCAAACUAGCCAUGCCAAAUGCAAUAUUUAUUUUGCUAAAGCUACCCGAGAUCCCACCCCAUUAAAGAUGUCGAGUUUUGUGGGUGGUACACAAGAGAAGCCUUCUCUCAGUUCAUCAAAAUGGGCAAAGUUUAUGCCUAGCCCCUCAGUACAAAACCAAUCUUGUGUCACCCUGGCAGAGAACUCUCUCUCAUGUUCCGUCACACCAGAUAAUAAAUACAAUGACAACAGUGGACGUGAUGGUGAUUUAGGUGAGCAAGGGAGUAAAAGCCAAGACAGACAGUGCAACUCUCUGCAGGUUCAAGAUUUGUUUAAAGUUGAUGAUGACCUAGACGAGGAGUGGUGGAAUUCCAUGUGAAUGAAGCCAAUAACAAUUAAAUUUAAACAUAUUGAUUGUUUUAUUUCACAUUUUAGAACUUUCAAAUGUGCUGUAUUAUUGGAAUAGCAUUUACAGAUAACUCUUACCUUCUUUUAAUAGUAAAAUUUCAUUGACGAGUAUGUUAGAAAACAUUGUUUGUGUGUGCACUGAUAGCCCAAGAACAAGAUAAGGUCAAGUGAAAAUGAAUGCCAAUACAAACCUAAGGACGAUUUUUUCUCAUUCAAACAUAUUCCAAACAUAGAAGAUUGCCAUGUGUUUAUGCUGUGUCAUGUUUUCACAUGGCAUGUGGUGAGUGUAAGGCUUAGCGUGAAUGCAAGCCCAAGGAAAGGAAAAAUUUUGAUUCUUGAGCUUGCACUUGUGCAAGGGCUCUAUAUGCUUGAGAUGGUUUUGCCUUGCUAGUGAAAACCAGGUUAUUCAUAUCACAAUGUUUCCAACUCAAACAUAGGGGAAAAGAAGUUCUCAAGUAAAAAUUGAGUUUCUGACUAUGUAGUGACCAGUGUAAUUAUUCAGGAAGCAUCGUACCUCCUGGAGGUUUGGAGAAGCCUCAGUCUGGUCAGAGCGUAUCAAUGUGAUACAAAGAGCUUAUCAAUGUGUACAAAUUGUGCAGAAACAAGAGUAUGUCCAAAUAGAAGGGUGCUUGUAUCCAUCCUUGCAGACCCUGCAGGGGCUGCUAGUUGGGACGAUGUGAUAUUUUUGGGUGAGCGAUAUUUUUGGGCGAAAGUUUACUUCAAGAGCAGAGGAGCCCCGCUCUUGAAGUAAAUUUUUGCCCGAAAGUAUCUCUUGCCCAAAAUAUCGCUUUGUUUCGACAAGCAGCCCCUGGGUCUCUGAGGAUGGGUGCUAUUGAAAUCUGUCCUUUGAGAAACCCUUUCACUUUACCUUGUUAAUCGUAUCUAUAACAAAAUUCUUGAUUGUGAUUGGUUCUCCACGC